CCGCCCCGCGCCCCCCGCCGCGCCGCCGCCCUCUGCGCCCCGCGGCGCCCCCCGGUCCCGCCCGCCAUGCCCGGCCCGGCCGCGGGCAGUAGGGCCCGGGUCUACGCCGAGGUGAACAGCCUGAGGAGCCGCGAGUACUGGGACUACGAAGCUCACGUCCCGAGCUGGGGUAAUCAAGAUGAUUACCAACUUGUUCGAAAACUUGGUCGUGGSAAGUAUAGUGAAGUAUUUGAGGCCAUCAACAUCACCAACAAUGAAAGAGUGGUUGUAAAAAUUCUCAAGCCAGUGAAGAAAAAGAAGAUAAAACGUGAGGUUAAGAUUUUGGAGAACCUUCGUGGUGGAACAAAUAUCAUUAAGCUGAUUGAUACUGUAAAGGAUCCUGUGUCAAAGACACCAGCUUUGGUAUUUGAAUAUAUCAAUAAUACAGAUUUUAAGCAACUCUACCAGAUCCUGACAGACUUUGAUAUCCGGUUUUAUAUGUAUGAACUACUAAAAGCUCUGGAUUACUGCCACAGCAAGGGAAUCAUGCACAGGGAUGUGAAACCUCACAAUGUCAUGAUAGAUCACCAACAAAAAAAGCUGCGACUGAUAGACUGGGGCCUGGCGGAGUUCUAUCACCCUGCUCAGGAGUACAAUGUUCGUGUAGCUUCGAGGUACUUCAAGGGACCAGAGCUUCUUGUGGACUAUCAGAUGUAUGACUAUAGCUUGGACAUGUGGAGUUUGGGCUGUAUGUUAGCAAGCAUGAUCUUUCGAAAGGAACCCUUCUUCCAUGGACAGGACAACUAUGAUCAGCUUGUUCGCAUUGCCAAGGUUCUGGGUACAGACGAGCUGUAUGGGUAUCUGAAGAAGUAUCAUAUAGACCUAGAUCCACAUUUCAACGAUAUCCUGGGACAACAUUCACGGAAACGCUGGGAAAACUUCAUCCACAGUGAGAACAGACACCUUGUUAGCCCUGAGGCCCUAGACCUUCUGGACAAACUUCUGCGAUAUGACCAUCAACAGAGACUGACUGCCAAAGAAGCCAUGGAGCACCCAUACUUCUACCCCGUGGUGAAAGAGCAGUCCCAGCCUUGUGCAGAGAACGCUGUGCUUUCCAGUGGUCUCACGGCAGCCCGGUGAAGACUGGAGAGCGACGGGUCUGUUGCGGUACCUCCCACUUUUCCAUAAGCAGAACAAGAACCAAAUCAAACGUCUUAACGUGUGUAGCGAGAUCACGUUCCGUGAGCAGACACAAAACGGUGGCAGGUUUGGCGAGCACGAACUGAAGGGCAGCCUACCACCGUAUAUCAAACCUCACUUCCGAAUGUAAAAGGUUCACAUGCCUUGACUUCCUGUUGACUUCCUCCCGACCCAGAAAGCAUGGGAAAUGUGAAGGGUAUGCAAAAUGGUUGUUGGUUACUGUUGCUCUCCACACCCCUUGACGUGUCCUGUGGCCGCCUGUUUUUCCAGCAAACCACGUUAAUUAGCUGACCACAGACACCACAGUGGGGGAAUGGGGGCAAUAUAUGGCAUGACGGGCAGUUACAUAUUAUUUUAAAAGUAUAUAUUAUUGAAUAAAAGGUUUUAAAAGAAAUGUAUGGAGAGUUUUCAGUAUGGAAAGGACCAUUUAAAAAGACCUAUGACCAUGGAGGACUGAGUGACAGAAGAUCUUGUGUGCCAGGUUCCAACCAGAGGAAAGUGGGGGAAGUCCCGAGGUGAAGAGGGCCAGUUAUAAAGAGCAAUGCAGAGAAAAGGGAGUGUUCAGAGGUGUGGAGUGAACCAUCCUAGGAGUGGGGCAACCAGAGAAAGGAAGCACCCAAUGGGCUGGGAGAACUGGCCAGUGGCCACCCCGGGCCCCAGUCUGAAUUGGGUGAGUGGCCCAGCAUUUGAAGUAGGUAAAUAUUGCCUCCACUGAACUCAAAAAGAUGCCUUAGCCCUUUUUUUGCUGUCCCUUGGCUUAUGUCUGAACAUUUCAUUCCAUGUCCUAAUCCUGCCCGCCCCCCCUCUGAAAAAACACCUCGCCCCAGAGGCUGGUGGAGCCUACUGUCCAGAGGCAGGGGAGGGAUGAGCUAGGGGCUGCUCCUGGUCACGUUCUGACGCUCCAUGAAUGAGAAGUGAACUGGUCCUCCCAAAUGGCAAAGAGGCUGGAGUGGAAGCAACAGUUGUAUCUGUUUAGUGAAAACAAAACCAGUUUUAGAAAUGGCUUUGCUGGCUCCCUCAGACCUGGGUCUUACCUCCCAGAACAGCUGUGCCAGGGGUGGGCAGUGAGAACAGUGGCCACAGCCUGGUGGCCACCCAGCCUUGCCUCUGAUGGCUGGGCCUGUGUCCUCCCACUGCCUGUAGAGGGCAGAAGAAUCAGCAGAAGUGGACACCCAGGUUGGGGUGCCGGCCUGGUCUCCACAGAGGCCAUUUGUUCCACACAACACUCCUCCUCUGCUGCUUGUUCUGAACAGCUGUGUGAAUCCAAGUGUGGACACUCAGGGCAUGUGGAGCAAUUAUAGAAAAAGGCAAAGAGGUCCCUGUCAGGGCUGCCACCACGACGCCACAGUGUCCUUUGGGCCAGCUUCUGCCAUUUUCAAACAGUUCCUCAGGCCUGAGAGCUUGAAAUUACCUGCCCCUGGAUA